GCCACCAACAUUCUCAUUCUCAUCUUUCAUACAAUUUAAACUUCGUAUUUCUUCUUCUCCCUCAAACACCCAGGAACCAAUCUUAAAAACCAACCGUUCAGCCUCCGUACGCCAUGGUCGAUGCUAAACAAUUCAACGUGCAUUCAGUACCAUCACUCAAAUUAGAUUGCCUGGAAGUAGUGACGGCUGUAGGACGAGGAGCGAAAGGAGUGGUGUUUCUUGCCAGAGAUAAAUUGACGGAGGAAAUUUUAGCUUUGAAAGUUAUAUCUAGAGAUUCCAUCGAGAAGAGUAAUAAAGGAGUAAAGGGUAAUAAUGGAAUUGAAAGGAACGAGUAUAGAAGGGUUAGACUUGAACAGCAAGUGUUGAUGAAUUUUAACCACCGGCUUUUGCCGCGAUUGCGAGGAGUUUUAACAACCAAUAAAGUCGUUGGUUUUGCCAUUGAUUAUUGUCCCGGUCGUGAUCUUAAUUCUUUGAGAAGGAAACAGACUGAGAAAAUGUUUACGGACGAUGUUAUAAGGUUUUAUGCAGCGGAAUUGGUUCUCGCUUUGGAGUAUCUUCAUAAUUUAGGAAUUGUUUACAGAGAUUUGAAGCCUGAAAAUAUCAUGAUCCAAGAAAAUGGCCAUAUCAUGCUUGUCGAUUUCGAUCUUUCCACUAAACUUUCUCCAACACCUCCCAAUUCGGUCACUCAGAAACCGCCGGACUUUGUCAAGAGAAAUCGAUUCUUUCCCUUUAAAAGGUACUUCAACUCGGGUAUCGCCCCUUACGACUCGUCCUACCAAGCGCUCGUCAACUCGGAACAUAUUGAGUCAGGCUAUGUAAAUAAAUCCAACUCGUUCGUUGGAACAGAGGAAUACGUGGCGCCAGAAGUCAUAUCCGGUAAAGGUCAUGAUUUCUCUGUGGAUUGGUGGUCCCUGGGGAUCGUUCUACACGAAAUGCUGUACGCCACGACACCGUUUAGGGGAUCAAACAGGAAAGAAACUUUUUACCGCAUUCUAACUAAAUCGCCGGAGCUAAUGGGGGAACCGACACCGUUGAGGAACUUGAUAAGGAAAUUGUUAGAGAAGGAUCCAAAGCAAAGGAUCACACUGGAGGGAAUCAAGGGACACGAUUAUUUCAAGGGGAUUGAUUGGGAACUAAUUCUUCUAAUCCAACGACCUCCGUAUAUUCCGGCACAAUUAGUAUCGGAGAAGGAGUUUUCGGAGGAGGGAAGGGAAGGAAUUAAAAGAAUUGAUGUGGAGUUGUUUGUACAAGGAAUAUUCGCAAAUGGUGGCCGCAGAAAUAUGGUUAAACAACAGGACACUCCUAAUGUAUAUAAAAACAAUAUAUGGCUCAAACCCCAAAUUCUUAGUCCUUGUGAACCAAAUCCCUUUUCAAUUUUAUAAGGAUGUUCUCCCUUGGGAUGAAUUUUUUUUAGAAAAAAUAUUUUUCUUUUAAAAGUAAUGAAGAACAUAUAUCAUUGGAGUAAUUUUUUUAAUUUUUGAUAUGAGCUUUUUUAGAAAUGAAAAAGCAGUAAAUUUUAGCUUUUUCAGCAAAAAAACACUUUUAGCUGUUAUUUUACCUUUUUAACCUUACUUUUUGACUUAAAAUGUGUUUGAUGCUAUUAUUUUGUGU